GCUCUGGCUGCCGGCGGGCACUGCGGCAGCGCCAGUCGCCUUCCUCCGGUCGUCUGCGCACAGCUGGAAGGAGAGAUGUUCACGGUGCUGACCCGCCAACCUUGUGAGCAAGCAGGCCUCAAGGUCCUCUCCCGAACUCCAGCCAUCAUCGCCUUGGUGGUCUUGUUUUUGAGCAUUGUGGUGUUUAUGGCUAUCACACUCAUCCAGACACACCAGAAAGAGGUCCUCUUUCCAGGACCAAAGUAUGGAAUUGUACUUGAUGCCGGGUCUUCCAGAACCACAAUCUACGUGUAUCAAUGGCCAGCAGAGAAGGCAAAUAAUACUGGAGUGGUCAGUCAAACCUUCAAAUGCAACGUGAAAGGCUCUGGGAUCUCCAACUAUGCGAAAAACCCCCAAGAUGCCCCCAAAGCCUUUGAGGAUUGCAUGCAAAAAGUCAAGGGGCACAUUCCAGUCCAUCUCCAUGAGUCCACCUGCGUUUACCUGGGGGCCACAGCUGGGAUGCGAUUACUGAGGUUGCAAAACGAAACAGCAGCUAAUGAAGUCCUUGAGAGCAUUGAAAACUACUUCGAGUCUCAGCCCUUUGAUUUUAGGGAUGCUCAAAUCAUUUCUGGGCAAGAGGAAGGGAUAUAUGGAUGGAUUACAGCCAACUAUUUAAUGGGAAAUUUCCUGGAGAAGAGCCUGUGGCAUAUGUGGGUGCAUCCGAGUGGAAAGGAGACCACAGGUGCCCUGGAUUUGGGUGGUGCCUCCACCCAGAUAUCCUUCACGGCAGAAGAGAAGGUGGGGCUGAACACCAGCGACAUCAUGAAGGUGACCUUGUAUGGCUAUGAAUACACACUCUACACACACAGCUUCCAGUGCUAUGGCCAAAACGAGGCUGAGAAGAGGUUUCUGGCAACCCUCGUUCAGGAUUAUACCACUGAAACCACGUUCACCAACCCUUGUUACCCUCAGAAUUACACCACCACCUUCACUGAGGCACAGGUGUUUGGCAGCCUGUGUACAGAGAACCUGAGACCUGAAAGAUAUAAUCCCAACAACAUCAUCACUUUUGAAGGAACUGGGGACCCAUCACUGUGUAGGGAAAAGGUGGCUUUCCUAUUUAACUUCAGCGCUUGCCGUGAUCACGAAGCUUGUUCCUUUGAUGGGGUGUAUCAGCCAAGAGUUAAAGGGUCAUUUGUGGCUUUUGCAGGAUUCUACUACACAGCCAAUGCUUUCAACCUUUCGGGUAGCUUUUCUCUGCACACCUUCAACUUGAGCACCUGGAAUUUCUGCUCAAAGAAUUGGAAUCAGCUCCCACUGCUGCUGCCCCGGUUUGAUGAGCAGUAUGCACGCUCCUACUGCUUCUCGGCCCACUAUAUCUACCAUUUGCUUCUAAGUGGAUACAAAUUCACCGAGGAGAGCUGGCCCCAAAUACAUUUUAAAAAGGAAGUGGGGAAUAGCAGCAUAGCCUGGUCUCUCGGCUACAUGCUCAGCCUGACCAACCAGAUCCCAGCCGAAAGCCCCCUCAUCCGCCUGCCCAUCGAGCCAUCUGCCUUCGUGGGCACCCUCGCCUUCUUUGCGGCAGUGGCCUUGCUGUGUCUGACGUAUCUCGUGUACUUGUGUGUGUUGUCCAGGAAUCAGAGGCGCUCCCAGCAUGCCUUGGACAACAUGGUGGACUCUGAGUGAGCCUCACAGAGUGGUUCCUGGAGCCUGAGAGCUGCCCAUAACCAGCUUGGGGGGCACCAGACAAUGCAAGCAAAAUGUCCAUCUUCAGGAAACACAGCUAAAGUCCAAUGCCUAGGUCCUGUGCCUCUCAGAUACUGAUUUAUGUCAGAACACCUCUUGGGAAGUCCCUCAGCUGUUCUGUGCACAUUUCUCUGCCAGAGACCCCGCCACCCACUAGCUGACCUACUGGGGAACAGGGAGAGACAGGCCAUCAAGGUCAGCAUCCUUAUUCCAAGUGUCCCACAGGAAGAGUAAGUUGAGAAGAUGACAGAUGAAUGUGGAAGAGUUGACCUCAGGGCUCAGUUUGCAUUUUCCCUCCUUCAAAAAUGUCAUAAGUCCUCCCAGUAGGAUUGGAAACUGGCAGGUGUCUAGUAAGCAUCUGGUCCAAUCAAAUAUCUCAUUUUAUGGCUUCCUCUCAUUGGUCCUUAACUAAGAAUUUCCUUAACAACUGUUAAUAACAUUGUGCUCCCUCAGCUUGGCAGAAUAUUGUAUCUGGGGGAAAAUCCUCCUCCACCCCCAAGGACAGUGGCCACAGCCAAGCUUCUGUCACGCAAGCAGAACCUGAAGGGCAGAGCCACACAGAAUAUUUACCAGAACACUACAGGCCAUUCCUGAAGUAGGAUUCCCUCUCAGGGCUCUGGUCAUUAGAUCGCCACUUGUGUGUGUAUCAUCCUCGUUGCCUCCCCUUCCCACUGCUGUGUGCCCUUGUAAAAUGUUUAUCCCUGGCAAGGCUCUCACGCUCCAGAUCAUUUUGCCUUUGCUAGGCUUUUGCUUAGGGUUGUCUUUCCAUCAUUAGCACCCUGUGUAUAUUUCACCCACCUGUGGGAAUCACAGGUCCACCUGAUGCUGUCACAGGACAUCUUCUCUGAUUUGCUUACCAGUCACUUUCCUAGACGGUAUGCCUUUGCACAGUAGCCAUAGUUCCUGACUUUGAGGGGGGAAAGGAAGCUGCAGGGAUAUUUAACUCCAAAGUGGGAGGGGACUCUAGCAAGUCCAAUGGCUACAAAGUAAAACUCAACAUUCUCUCAGAUUAUAGCUCGUUCACUGAGUACAGAAUAAAGGAGACUUAUUUUA